GCUCCGUUGUUCUCCCAUUUAGUGGAUGACCAAAUUGUCCGACUCAUUCACUGUCUUCUUCCUCCACUCGUUUCAAGAGAGUGAGAUUAAGGAAACCGAAGCGACGGCAGGCGGGGCCGGGCACUCACUCUGUUCCCGGUUUUACGUCUUAAAAGCUGAUCACCAUGGCCGCUCGGACAACUUCCCCUCUUGCAAAUGUAGGUUUCACCUGCACAAAUGAGGAGCUCUUUAUCGGUCUCUACAAAUUGACUGAUGGAUCUCCUCUGCCAAGCAAUGUUAUUGAUAUAAACCCUUACAAAUAUGAGCCCCAGAACUUACCAGAUGAUUUUUGGUUCCUGAGUAGCUCAAAGGAUAACACUGAUAUCAAACAUGGCCUCUGGAAGACCAGAGAGGAGGCCCUUGAUGUCUUCUCAAACUCUGAUAUUAUUGGUUGGAGAACCACUCUUGAAUACUACAAUGGUCAAGUCCCUUACGAGCGUAAAACUAACUGGGUGAUGCAAGUUUUCAGCACAACUCAGAAGGGGCUGUGUGAUGAAAAUGCGAAAAAGGAAUCCAUCUGCCUCUGUAGAGUUUUUCUUGUUCCCAGCAAUGAAAUACAACGGAAUGUAUCUAGUGCUCGAAUCGACACUGAAAAUCUUUUACCAGAACCUCCUGUUCUAGAUGCUAACUGCAGUACAAGAAUAGGUUCCUCGAGCAACUGUCAGGUGAACGAGCAUGAUGAGACAGAAGUACUGGGUGCUGCAGAGAGACUUCCAGUUCCGGAGCAUCAAGGAGAAAACAUAGUUGAAAUGGAUUUUAUCUCAGGAGAUAAAAUUAAUUUCUUUUCAGUAGGUGACUUUCUUGAACUGAAUGAUCUUGACAACCCAGCAUCUUCUUCGAGUUCAGACAAUUCAAGCGCCGCAAGCAUUUCAUCGGAUGAUUGUUUCGACUCAAUGGCUUUCUUGCACGACCUUGAUCAGGACCAAGUUUUGGACCAUAAUGAGACAGGUAAAAAGCUUAAUGUCUCUGCAUCCAACACACUAGACGAGGUGGUUAUAGUUCCGCCCACUUUAGCAGGAUCUCUAGUUAGUAUUGAGGGCUGCAAUUCGUGUAGAGAUGAAUUGUUUAAAACUACAGAUUUUAUGUCCAAUUCAGCUUCUGGGGGUAGAAACCUUAACAACAAAGUCAUAGAGCGUGCCAAAGGAAAUCAAAGGGGUGAAGGUCCGUCAUCAUCUCGUGAAUCAUCAUCAUCCGACGAUAGCUUUACGGCAAGAGAAGGUAGAAGGAAGAGAGGUAGAAUGAAAGAACUUGGAAAGAAGUACUUAUGCUUCAUGCCAUUUUAGAUAUAGUUCAGUUUUCACACGCAUGACACAGCUUGUAAGAUAGCAUAACAUGAUUUGGUAGAUAAAUCAUCUCACCAAGCCAGUGAAUUACAAUUCAUCAGAUUCGUGUGCAGAUUGACUGUUAUGUUAUAGCCUUCUUCAAAGUCAGAGCUUAAACAAAUGAAUGAAAUGUUUAUUCAAGAUUUUGAAUAAGAAUUUUAAGGUGAUUCUUUUUUUUUUU